UCUAUCGAAACAGAGCCGUCGAGGUUUUGGUGGAGCGAUCCGGAAUCGAAAAUGGAAAUUUCUGAGGCGGAAAAUGGAAAAUCUGCGAUAAUCGAUCCGGAAAAAAAUAAAUAUCAACAGGUUUUGGAGCAAGCCCUCGAAAAGAUGCAGCCAAACGAUGAAGACUCGGAAACGGAGGAAGUUACACUUGAUGAAACGGAAUUGGCGAAGGCCAGGGAAAGGGAGCGCAUCCUUUGCCGAGACAACCGAAAACGAGACCUGCUUAAAUCCUGGCUAAAUCGUAUGUUCCGUAUCAAGAUGACGGACGGACGGAUACUUAUGGGAUUUUUCGUGUGUACGGACGCGGACGCCAAUGUUGUGCUUCAACUGGCCAGCGAAUACACCGAGAUCGGCGGGGAGGAGCGUUACCUGGGCCUAGUCAUGAUACCCGGACGGUACAUCGUUUCGAUAGAGGAACGAAUCGAGAAUUUAUACUCUCCGUGGUUCGGUUAAACUGAGGGAAACACUGACAACAGGUUUAACUUUAA